UGGUGGUUGACCGGAUGUAGACUAUGACCAUGACUACGACCCACUCUCUACUCUGCUCCGUGGCACUUAGCAACCAGACUGCUGCUGCUGCUGCUUCCACACUAAACACAGAGCUGUGAGCACCGGCAGGCAUGGACAAGGACGGCAUUAGGUGAUCAUCACAUGGAUUUACCCAGGACAAAUGUAUGAAGACACUUAAAGGUUGGAGCCAAGAAACAAGUAAAACAGUAAAAUGACGGCCCUUCCAAACCUCUAAGAUGAUGUGCAGAAGCACAUUGUGAGUAAUGUGAUCAGAGAGGAAGGGGUAUGCAGACUUGCCAGCUAUAGCUUGUAUGUGAGCGUGAUGCCCAGGCGGGGGUUGACGCUCCAGGGCCGGGUCCGCUGGCUCUUUCUGGGCCUCUUCCUGCUGCUGGUGCUGCUGCUGUUCGCGUACCUGCUGGAGUGCACCCCUCCAGCAGACGUCAGCCUGGCCCUGCCCGGCCUAGCAGGGGACACCUACGGGAAGGAGUACUACCAGGCCCUGCUGCAGGAACAGGAGGAGCGCCACCUAAACCGAGCCGCCAGUCUCAAGCGCCAGAUUGCCCAGCUCAAGCAGGAGCUGCAGGAAAUGGGUGAGAAGCUGAAGCUCCUGCAAGACAAGAAGGAGCCCCCUGGGGUGCAGGGCCUGACCGAGGCUAAAGACCAAGAGCCGGGAGAUCUGCUGGAGUACCUGCACUCUCAGAUUGACAAGGCUGAGGUUAACACAGGGGCGCGCCUCCCCAGCGAGUAUGCCCUGGUGCCCUUUGAGAGUUUCACCUCGUCCAAGGUGUACCAGUUGGAGAUGGGGCUGACGCGGCACCCAGAAGAGAAACCUGUACGCAAAGACCGCAGGGACGAGCUGGUGGAGGUCAUGGAGGCUGCGCUGGACAUCAUCAACAACCCUGAUGAGGAGGAUGGUGUGGAGGAAGACAUGCCGAUGCAGAGACAAACCUACAUAGAGGGUCACUUUACCGAAGGACUUUACAGGACAGAGCGAGACAAAGGGACGCUUUAUGAGCUCUUCUUUGCCAAAGAGGAUUCCAGCAGCUUCCGCCAUGUCACGCUCUUCAGACCUUUUGGUCCCUUGAUGAAAGUCAGGAGCACAUCUGUAGAAACAUCAGGAAUGAUUAUAAACAUCAUUGUGCCGCUGGCGGGCAGAGUAGAAACGUUCUCACAGUUCUUACACAACUUCAGGGAGGUGUGCGUACAACAGGACAGACGAGUACAUCUCACAGUGGUUUAUUUUGGGCCGGAAGGCCUGCAGGAGGUGAAGUCAUCUUUGGAAACAAUGUCAAGGGAGGAGAGCUUCUCCAAUUACACUCUGAUUCCAGUGGACGAGGAGUUUUCACGAGGUCGAGGUCUGGAUAUCGGGGCCCACGCCUGGAAGAAAGGCGACGUCUUAAUGUUUUUUUGUGACGUUGACAUCCAUUUUACACUUGAAUUCCUCAACACCUGUCGUCUCCACGCGGCUCCAAAUAAGAAAGUCUUCUAUCCAGUGGUGUUCAGUCUGUACAAUCCUGCCAUCGUCUAUGGAAAUUUGGAGCUGGCUCCACCUUCUGAACUCCAGCUGAUUCACAAAAAAGAUGCUGGAUUCUGGAGAGAUUUUGGUUUUGGAAUGACGUGUCAGUAUCAGUCAGAUUUCCUAAAUAUUGGUGGGUUCGAUCUUGAAGUCAAAGGCUGGGGUGUGGAAGAUGUCCACUUAUACAGGAAGUAUCUCCGGAGCGACGUAAUAGUGAUUCGGACGCCGGUGUCCGGUCUCUUCCACCUGUGGCACGAGAAGCAGUGUGCGGACGAGCUGACGCCGGAGCAGUAUCGCAUGUGCAUCCAGUCCAAAGCCAUGAACGAGGCCUCCCACUCUCACCUGGGCAUGCUGGUCUUCCGCGACGAGAUCGAGGCUCACCUACGCAAGCAGGCCUUCAAGACUCAGAGCAAGACAGAGGACUGAGCAGCACGCCGCUACGCCUCCCAUCGCCAUUCCAACGUUAAGACUGUGAGUUGCUGACAGACAUUAUUAUCGCACUACAGCAAAGACGUGUUUACAUGGACCCUUCUGCAUUUCACCGCACAGCUGUAGACGAAUGUACAAAACAAACAUUGAUCAAUGUGAAACUUCACGACGUGGUACAACAGCCGCAGUAGGCACAGAUACACAAUCAGAGUGCUGAAGCAGAACUAACGAGUAAUGUAUCUCCUGAAUUUAGGUUGACAUUGUAUUUUACUUAUUGACAUCAAUUCAUUUAACAAAAUUUUAUUAUCUUGGGAAACUACUCAUUAAGCCUCCUACCUGCAACCAGUAUCUUCACCAGUUUCACCUUCUGCUUAACUACCUUUCACAGCUGAAUGUGACGUCAGUCAGUAGAUUUCUACUGCUUCAGGUGAUUUCUGCUUUCCAAAACAAAAUAUCAAACGAGAUCAAAUACAACCAGCUGUUGAUAAUGUAAAGUGGCGUUUUAACAGAAAGAAAGCAGUUACAAAAGGGCAACGAGUCCAACUAUAGAACUAUUUACUGUCAACAAAAGGAAAAAUAUGAAGUUGUACUAUGUUAAAAUGGAGGUUAAAAAAUCCAAGUUGACCCCACAAGAACCAGUACAUGUCUAGGGCUGCAACAUUUUGAAAAAAAACAUAUAAUUGGGAUUAUUUUGACUGAUAAUGCAAUUGCGAUAUUAGAGGGUAUGAUCAUCUUUACAUCAUUAUUCUCAUUUUCAUUGAAAAACAUAUUAAAAU